GCACGUCUGUAGCAGAUUUUCUCUUUCGCUUGCCAAAGGUGUCGGGACUGGAGAGGGCGCAUUUGAAGCCUGUGGAGCUUCUUGCACGGCUGGGGGAGCGCUUGUGCGGGGCGGCCCAUACAUCAUCAUCUGUUGAGGGUACUGAGGAUAGGGUGCAUAGCCAUGGGGUGGUGGGGGAUAUGCUGUAUGGUGCAUUGGAUAAUACUGGUGUGGGUGACCUGGCAUGCCUGGACCGCUAGCCCCGUUGACUGGAGCAGAGGGAGGAUACGAGGACCCAGCGGUGUGCUGUGUGAACGGGGAGGGGUUCAUGGGAUAGUUGUGGUUCAUAAUGUGAUAUACUGGGCCAGGGUAUGGCUGGAGGGGUAAAGCACGAGUAGGG